GACUCACAACAAUGACAGAAGUAACAAAAACAAAAACUAAUUUUCACUAAUAAUUGAAAAAACGCAAAAUUCAUACAAAAUUUGUACUUUUCCGCUUCGUAAUAGUGCUGAAUUUGUGCAGAAGAAUCGUCCUCGGAAAAAGAAAGUCAUCACCUCCUCCCACUGCACAAAGAGAGAAAAGAAAAAAAAUCCAUAAUACAACAGCAAUCAGCUGCGAAGAAAAUAAAUCGAAAUCGAAAAGGUGAAAAGUGCGAAUCUCGUCUGGGAGCUGCUAAAAGAAGGAAGUGAAACGAAUCUACCAGGAGAGAGACGAAAGUUGUGCAAUGAGUAGGAGCCCAAACUGGGGCGAACUUCCGGCCCUUGUCCUGACGAAUCUGUUCCAGCAUCUGUCCUACCAUGACCGACUGCAGGUUUCGUCCGUUUGCUGGCACUGGCGAUCUGUCCUCUUUCAGCCGAGAUUCUUCAAAGACAUCCACUUCGAUGUGGCCCGAGAGAACAACAAGAAAAAUAGCUUUCUCUUACAAUCGUUGGCGCACAUCGUAAGUGAGGCGAGGAUUUCCUUCGAUUCUUGCAAUCUGUACGACGUUGAGUUGACUACGGAGAUUAUGUACAAACUCAGCAAAAGCUGCUGCCUGGUUAGCCUGUCAUUGCGUCCAAAAUAUGCCACCCUGGUUACUCCAGGACGUUUCUGCUCGGAAGAGGAAUGGAACUACAUUUAUAAGUUGUUUGUCGAGCCGAUCAAGAUUUUGCUAGGGCGUCAAAAUCCUCCGCUAAAGGAAUUGGAUCUGGGAUGUUCCGAAAUUCUGUCGCUGCAUGCUGCCGACUUCCUCAAUAGCUGCCCCCGUCCGCAAUUCCUCAAGCAGCUGGGCUUUGCCUCGGUCAAACAGGACCCCAGUCACUACGCGCUGAGCUCGAUCGAACCGAACCUGUUCGAAAAGUGCAACGGACUGCAGUAUUUGUCCCUGGACUACGACAUCCUGUGUGAUGACUUUUUGCAAACGCUGCAGCUGCUACCGCUCAAACGCUUGAUAAUUCACGUCCACGGACUGGACGAGGAGCAUCCGGGCGUGUCGGAAGGGGCUUGGGCCAGUUUUCGCGCCAAGAAUCCCCAGACGGAACUGCACCUGACGCUGGUGUGCGCUUACGAGGCGGUCGACAUUCUGCACAGUCACAUCCUGCGUCCGUCGAUGCCGUUGUCCCAUCUGAAGGUGCUGUUCUGCGAGAGGAUCAAUUGUGACGCCCUCGAGUAUCUCUCCCGCUACUACAAGGAAACUCUGAAGAGCAUGAUUUGGGUUGAUUCGAUGCGUAUCCAAGAGUAUCGUAACAUCAUGGAAAUGGUACUGCGCACCGAACAGGACCCGCUGGUGAUGAUGGCCUGGCGGUGCAAGAAGCUGGAGGAGAUCGUCAUUCACGGUUAUGUGCUGGAUCCGCAUAAUCUGGUUGGAAUUUCACGUCUACGGGGCAAGGAUCUGAAGGUGUUGGAGGUGUCCCGCAUUGACCUGUCGAUGCCCUCCGUCAUGAUAAAUCCGUUUAUUGAGGAAAUAAGCACCCAGCUGGGCCAGAACUGGGUCCCACUGGAUGCCAAAACCCUCCCGCCUGCCCUCGGGUUCUACCCGGUAUCGGAUGACGUUCGUGACCAAUAUAUCCUCCGGUACAUUCGCAACGGCGUUGCUGCUUAAGCUUCCCGGUUCACGGUGACCGCUUCAAACAAGGCACGGGAUGAAGAUCUGAAUCCGAUGUCCGGAUUUUUGUUGCCUACUUUACAUCGUCAGUUAGCUUUCGACCAGCAGGCCAAAACAGCACGCAAGGAGAAAACGUUUUAUUUUUUAUAAUGUAAGAUCGCUAGUUUAGCAAACACCUGUGCUCAAUGUGCAAAGUCGCAGACAAAAGUCAUCUCUACAUCAUAGGAAAUAAAAGUGAGAAAUUCGGCGCUUAGUGGUUGACGACGACUGCAAUCGAACCGGCAAGAACAUAAGGGUUGCAUUUCCCCCUACGAGAACAGCUUACCAGGAAAUACCACGUGUACCUACACACCUGCAGAGUCUCUUCAUCAAAGUGUGGCGCUUUAGUUAGAUCGCAUAGUUUAGGAGGACAAGUGACCGCGUAAGGCGAUAUAGUGCAAUCUGUUUUAUCUGAAAACCUAGAACGUAACAUUCAAGGAUGCUUAAUUAUAUUUUAGCCGAGUGCAUUGAAAACAACUCGACGACGACAAACAACACCCAAACGAAACGAAGCUCUGGUUCUAGAUGAAGUUGUUUAGAGCAAAAAGUGAGAUUUGUUAGGCGAAAAUGAAAGAGAGAGAGAGCGAAAAUUUAUUAGGUCGAUUAGUAGGUAUUAUUAGUAGGUCGAGAAAGAAGACAGAAUCGCGAGCGCACGCACGCACAGACACACACGUGUGAAAGUGUAGGCAAAUAUUAAGAUGUGAAAACAACAACGGAUCUGUGAUUUUAUAUUUUGCGGUUACGUUAUUUAUGUAUUUUUUCGGGAUUUAUUCAUCUACUUUCUUAUAUACAUGUGUGUUUUCAUCAAUAGGUUUAAAUUGUUGUUUUUUGUUAUACAUAUUUAUUGGGCAUAAGUUUAGGAAAAUGACACAAGGCAGCUGUGGAUAAUGGGAAUUGUUUGAUAACUCUAAAACGAUUAAGAUAUUCGUUCAACCAUAGAUUGUGGAAUUCGGUAGUUCAUUAUAAUUUUAGCUAAUCUAAGUUCUAUUCCAACAAGGACAAUUUUUCGUUAACAUGUAAUUCUAAACAAGACUCAGGAUUUUGUAAUUCUGAAUAACUCUCAGGCACUAACAAAUGUUGCAGAAUAGUAUCGCUAUGUUUAAAAACAUCUUUUUAAUCUUCGUUGGUCAGAACUAGUAAAACUUCAGAAACUAUAACGCGACUAUUCAAUGGGUUCUUCAAGAAUUUCUUCUCAGAUUCUUCGAGGAACAGCUUCACGAAUUAUAAUAAUGAUUGCUUCGGAGAUUUCAUCUGGAAUACUUUCAGGGACUCCUACCAGAAAACCUUCAUAGAAUCAUCUACCAAUUCUCCCAAAAAAAAAUUCCAACGAUUCUUCAAAGCAUGCUUAAAGAAAUUUCUCGAAAAUUUACUCCAGGAAAUUCUUGAUCACUCCAACGUUGCUACCUCCAGUAAUAUCCUCAGGGAACACUUAAAUUUUUCCUCCUAUGAUGUUCUCUAGAUUUUUUCCACUAAUUCUAUAAUCGAUUUCUCUAGUUGUUACUCUAGGAGAUCUUCCAAAAAUUCUUC